AUGAAUGUUAAUCCUAAUAAAAUCAGCAUUGAUCCCCACAUGUAUCAGAGUAGGAAGCCACCUAUAGCCAAAGGCAAGUCUGGAACCCUCCAUGACUUUAGCUGCAAAAGACCCUGGGAGCAGAAGUCACUGACACUCUUCGCAGUUGCUGGCCGCCUGGUUAAAGCGCCUUUGCCUGGACGCCUUUCCUCCCCUCCUCAUUCUAUUGAGGGUCAUCAGGAAGACCCCUUUGCUGAUGCAACUAAGGGUGACGACUUACUCCCGGCAGGGACUGAAGAGUACAUCCAUAUAAGGAUCCAGCAACGAAACGGUAGAAAGACAUUAACAACUGUUCAGGGGAUUGCUGAUGAUUAUGACAAAAAGAAACUUGUGAAAGCAUUCAAAAAGAAAUUUGCCUGUAAUGGUACUGUGAUUGAGCAUCCUGAAUAUGGAGAGGUGAUCCAGUUGCAGGGUGACCAGAGGAAGAACAUUUGCCAGUUCCUCUUAGAGGUUGGCAUUGUUAAGGAGGAACAACUGAAAGUUCAUGGCUUCUGAAUUGUGUGUAAUUACCUGAAGAACUCUACAGGUUUUGUUCUACCAAGCUGGCUACUCUGUGAAAUAUGAUUCUUUGUAGUAAAUGGAUUUCGCAUUCAAAAUCUGAUUUGCUUUUGCAUGAUUAUAGAAAAGAUGUGGAGUAUAGACUAGACUCACAUUAGAAAACUGCAGUAAGACUGUAACAAGAAAUGCUUAAGAAUUUUAACACAUUUCCAAUGGAAAUGUUCUACUGCUGAUACUUCAGUGCAUUUUUCAUCUGAUUUAAGUGUAUUAAAACCAUGUGUGUUGCAGCUUAAAUAAACUCUCUCUUACCA